UACAUUUUUCUCAUCCUUAUUUCAGCCAAGUUAAAAAAAUAUAAGAGUGUUUCAAAAAGGCCAGUUGCCGUAGAAGAACCACAAAAGCCAUCUGUUUUAUUGCCUGACGUUGAGCCAAGCAGUACCUCUGACGAAACAUACCGACCUAUUAAAACGUAUCGCCCUAAGUUCGAGUGUGUUCCCGACUGCAAGCUACCGGAAUGCUUCUGUCCGUAUUCGGGUAUUCCCGGCAACAUACCGCCAGAGGAAGUCCCGCAGUUCGUCUACAUCUCGUUCGAUGAUUGGAUAAAUGACUACGCUGCUAUGAUGAAGUAUUACAGGUUGCUCUUCCACCCAUCAAGAAAGAACCCUAACGGCUGUUCUAUCGGAGCGACGUAUUUCCUGACACACAACGGCACAGUCUAUAACCAGGUAAAGGAACUUUACGAUGCCGGUCACGAGAUAGCUAUUCACACUGUGUCCCACAUAAACAACCUGACUUACUGGUACCAUGGUUCCUAUGAUAAUUACGUCAAAGAGAUCGUGGGACAGAGAACAUUCACACACGAGGAGACGGGUAUCCCCAUCGGUGAAAUGAUCGGAUACCGCAGCCCCUUCCUUGCCAUUGGCGGCGACAACGAAUUCCAGGUGCUAAAAGACCACGGCUUUAAAUACGACGCCACCAUGGUCCCCUACCACCCCCAGGGUCUGAAGGACAACUCCGAGCCCCUGUGGCCGUUCACUCUGGACCACGUCCCCGGGAGGAUGCUUUGCACUAUGAAGAACUGCCCAUCUAAACCCUUCCCUGGCGUCUGGGAAUUCCCAACCAAUAUUCACUUCCUGCUGGACGACAAGGGCAAACUGAAGACGCGGUGCACCAUGAUAGACACGGCCUGCUGGCCCCAAUCCAAGGAUGAAACGCUGGGGUACUUUAGGUAUAAUUUCAAGCGUUUUUACCACACGAACCGAGCACCUUUCCAAAUGAGUACGCACGCUACGUGGCUAGACUGGUGGAGUCACAGGUUUUACGCUCUCCAUCAAUACAUUGACGAACUUCUGUCCAAUAAGAACGUGUACAUCGUCACCAUGAGCCAGAUCCUGGAGUGGGUGAAGAACCCAGUGCCCCUGUCCCGGAUGAAGGACCACCCUGCGUUCCAAUGUUAAAGAUAUUUCUCCAGAUUGAAUGGGACAUUAUUCAUUGAACUGACAACGGGAGCCUUUUACUACUGCAGUUAAAGCGGUGCUUGGCUGUGGGUUCCAACAUUCAUGAAUAUUCUUGUCGAAAUGAUACUCAGUAGAUCGGCGCAGUGUGCAAUUUAAAAAUAGGCACUGCUACCGACUUAGAAUCGGUUUUACGAAGACUUUGUUUUGUAACGGCUUGUCGUUGCGGUGCUCGCCCACGUGUCAAAUGCAAGAUAUGAACGAUAACUGUCAGUUAACAAAGGCUUCGUGAAACCGGUCCUCUUUCUUUUCUGGAUAAAGCUGGCAAUAGUCAAACAUGCAAUGCAACAAUAUUCCGUUGGGAGAGGUGGGAUUGGUUUGGGUGGGGGUGGGUGGCUUGUCAACAACCCAAGGAGUUUAAAACAUGGCCGACAGUUUCAGUUUAUAAUGGGAUUUAACGGCGAAUAACUUGACUGGUGUUGGUGAGGGAGAUUGAUAUUUCUAACAGUUCUUGUCCAAGAUCGUCUCUGUUAGUAGAUCAAACCACCUGGCAAACAAGGUAAAUCGCAGGUGCUUUAUUUUCUGAGCAUGAAUCAGCUGAAAGUUGGGUUAUUUCCACACGGAAUGGAACAUUCAGCUGGACCGGUUCACCAUGGCAUGUGCUUAUUUAACACGAAGGGGUACAGCUUUCUGUAUUGCACAAGUUUGGGAGAUUAACAACAAUUAAAUGGCUAGGUUUUUGGAUAAGGGAAUCAAUGUACCCCCUCCUCCUCAGUCUCGCCCGACAUGGCCAGUUUGCUACACAUCAAAAUAUCAUUUUUUUUAGUUUUUCAUAUUAUGAAAGAUGUAUUUUGAAUGAGGUGUGGUUGUCUUUAAUUCUAAAUGAACAUAGAAGGAGUGUUGUUUGGCAGUUGGAUUCGCCACUGCACACUCAUGCGUAAUUGUAUCUGUUUGCCUGGUGGCUUAAUCUAGCGGAUCGAUAUUUGUCGGGGAAAAAUGUUUGAUAUCGUUUACGAUGUCAUGUAUAUGCAUAUGUAUUACACGAAUUUGUAUGCAAAAUCAUAUUCAAAUAAAGUGCUUUAAUUUUCAUCAACUU